GGCGACUCGUGUAAAUGGCUGCUUAGGCCUGGCUUUCUUUCUGGGUCUGGUUUCGGUUCCGGGGCUUAGACCUAGAGCUGUCCUUGGAGAUGCCUCAUGUUGAAAAGCCUGCAUCUCGGUUUGAGCAUGGUUCCUCUGAACCUUGUGUGAAAAAGAGCAGACCCAAUGACUACGCGCCAUGGACAGAUCAAAAUAUCACUGGACACUCUCUGACUGAAAACCGCAUAAUAAAACCAAAUCUCAAUAGUUGUUUUCCUCUCUCUAACAAGGGUAAGUUUGAGGAAAAAUAUGGUGGAAAUAAAAGUUCUACUGUCAGAGACCCCCCAAAUGAUGCUGGCACUUUGGUGGCUAGGUCCAGAGGGAUUUAUGAUUUAGAAUCUAGGGAAUGCAACUCUAAUAGUGGAAAGGAUGAACCUGAUGACCACUUAUUUAAAUGUGCUUUUACUGAAGCUGACACAAGCAAAAAUUGCCCGGUUUCUAGUGCUACAUUUUCAUUAACGAGCAGUACAUUUAUUGGGCCGCUCUUUCCUCCUCCUAAAGUUAAAAAUGUGUCUCAGAGGUCUAGUAGUAAGGACAGUACCGUACCUCCUUAUAAGAUAAAAACAGUUGAGUUGCGGAAAGCCACCAAUUCUAAAGGUGACAAUGGCAUGGACUAUGAGUUGCGGCAGUUUUACAAGGAAUUGCAUCAACUGGAAGAUGAAACAGAAACUGUUGACGUUCAUGAAAAUAAAUGCACAUUUUCAAACACUAUUCAGGAGCCUGUUUGCAUGACAAGUAGUCCUUACAACACUCAAUCUUCACAAGAUGUACACAGUGUCCCCACUCAUAAAAACACCACCUCUUCUAACACUAACACACAGACUGUCUGUAGCGAUCCUUAUAGGUCCAAUAUAACAAGCAAUAAUCCUUUUUUAAACAAUACAGUGCCACCAAGGUUUCAUGUCCUUUCGUUGCAAAAUAUACCAAUUAAGGAAAACGUUUGUGGUGUGAAUCAGGAACCUUUCUCCAGAACAAGUCAUCCUCACAGCAGUGGUGUCGGCCCACAAAAUAAACAAACCUUUAACAGACAGACAGAAUGGAGAGAGCACAAUGUGUCGAACAGAACUAUAAACCCACCUUUCUUAUAUAGUAGAAUGCCACCAGGAUUCCCUGACCAACCACCACAGUGUUUAUUUAGACCCUAUAGCCCACCACCUCAAAAUAAAAAUGUGAGGGAAAAUGAAUGCAGUUCAAAUAAUAUUCAGGAAUCUUUCUACUCAUCAACUGCCUACAAUAAUGCCCUGUCUUCACAAGGGGAAUAUAGUGUCAUCCCUCAUAACCAAAUCUCCUAUAAUAGAGAAACUGUAUGGCGAGAACAUGAAGAGUCCAACAGAACAAAUAAUUCUCCUUUUUUAAACAAUGCUGUACCACCAAGGUUUUCUUUAUCUGACUCCCGUGGACCACCUCGAGAAGAAUAUAAUUAUACAUCAAAUUUCCAAAGCCAAAAUAAUAAACCAUAUGUACCAUACCCUCAAAAACAGAACCAUUAUGGAUGCAAUGACAAGUAUCAGAGGCCAGAUGAACAAAAUGAAAUGCCUUCUUCCCAGAACAAGUAUAAUGAUCAAUGGGGCAGCUUUAGACAGCCAUUCCAUGAGCAUGAUAUUGAAAGCAAGCACAAAGAAUAUGGAAGCGAUAUCUGUAGAUCAAAAGAUACUUCAUUACACCAUGCCCUUCGGACGUUUAGUGAACCACAUCUGAAUAAGGAUUAUAAUAUUAAGCCUUUUGAUAGGUACAAAAGAACACUUGUUCUUUUAAGAGGUGUCCCUGGCUCAGGAAAAAGUACAUUGGCACGUGGUCUGCUUGAACAGUGUCCAGAUGGCAUCGUGUUCAGCACUGACGAUUACUUUGGCCAGGAGGAAGGAUAUACAUAUGAUGUUAAACUGCUUGGAGAUGCACACAAUUGGAACCAAAACAGAGCCAAGAGAGCAAUGGAUGACAGAAGAUCUCCUAUUAUCAUUGACAAUACUAAUAUUCAGAGAUGGGAAAUGAAACCCUACGUACAAAUGGCCAUAGAAAGAGAUUAUGGUGUGGAGUUCCUGGAACCAGACACAUGGUGGAAGCUUGACCCAUCUGAGUUGGAAAAGAGAAAUAAGCAUGGAGUACCGCGUGACAAGAUUUCCAAGAUGUUGGAACGAUACGAAUAUGAUAUGACUGUUCCAAAUGUCAUGGACUCGGUGGAACCUCCACACUUGAGUUCCUCAAGGAGGGCUCCACAGCCCAUGCAGAGAUGGGGAUCAUCUGUGGACUCUUUACAACACAGCACUUCAUUCCACAACAGAUGACCGUUAUUUACCUAAAGUUUUUUUUUUUUUUUUCCUUUCCCCACCAGCAAUUUUUACCUCCACUGUAGAAUCUUUCUAUUCAGUGUUUUAAACCUCAGAAACCAGGGAAUUUGUCAGAAACCAGG